AUGUAUGGUUCUAACCAAACUAUAGAUAUCAAACCAGAUAACAUUCUGGUUAAUUACAGCGGCAGCAAGCUACGUCGAUUUGAGGAGGCUGAGCUAGGCGAUUGUGGCGACGUAUAUCGUGUAGACCCGAAGGAUCACGUGAAGGUCGGAGAAGACGGGCACAUGAUUGGAGCUCAUAUGUUCAGGAGUCCAGAAGCUAUGCUAAAUCUGAGAUGGGGCACUGCAACUGAUAUCUGGUCCUUUGGUACAACUCUGAUAAGGCUGAUAUGGGGACUAGGCUGGCAUAUCUUCAAGCCCGAUCCCAAGGAUGCUGGGCCAGACGAUGAGUCUUACCCGAACCACGUCUUGGUGAAGCAGAUUGCAUAUUUCGGACCAAUUCCAUUGAGCUACUUUGAAUUUAUUCCAGACGGAGACGAGAGAUGGGAGUUUAUUGGUGAUGCUACGCAGUAUAUCAUAAACCAUCAGAAAUGGAAGCCUUCUGCCAUGGCGGAAGAUAAGGAGCUCGAUGAGGAGGAUAGGACGUUCAUUUGUAAGAUUGUGAAGCUGGGUCCGAGGGGAUAG